CAUGUAGACCAUACAGUAAUAAUGUGUUGUUUUUUUUUCCAGUAUGGCGAAACCAGCCGGUAGAGGCAUUAAACUGAAUGACAAAGUUUUAGGGCAUGUUUUUUUUCAUUAAGUACUUGAUCUGUUGCUGGAUUUUCUCCAUGCAUUUUCGAUAUUGUGUGCAUUUACUAUUUUUACCACAUGCACGUUCCGAUGCCACAGAAGCAGCUGUAAAUGCGGCAACGUUGGCAACUCCCGUCUGAUCUCGAGCGCCACAGAGACUCCCGUGAGCCCGCCGUUCAGUGGCUGGGUCGCAGCGCCGCGAGCGUCCACAGAUGCAGCCAGUCCGCGGGUUCCAGAGGAGAGUUUGAAAGAAGGUGGCAGACUGAGAUGGACAAGCUCCCAGAUUUGCUUGUGAGCGCACCUUAAACGAAGGCGAAUGAUUUAGCGGACUGAGAGAUGGCAGCUUCUAGUAACUCUAGUCUUUCAGGUUCGUCCGUCUCCUCUGAUCCUGAGGACUACCAACCACCAAUAUGGAAAUCCUACUUGUACCAACUGCAGCAGGAGGCGCCAAGACCAAAGAGAAUCACAUGUCCACAGGAGGUGGAGAGCAGACCAAGGCACUAUGGCCGCGAGUUCCAUGGCCUGAUAUCCAGAGAGCAGGCGGAUGAGCUGCUGGGGGGAGCAGAGGGGGCUUACCUUAUCAGAGAGAGCCAGCGACAACCUGGCACUUACACACUCGCUUUGAGGUUCGGGGGUCAGACUCUAAACUACAGGCUCUUCUAUGAUGGGAAGCACUUCGUGGGUGAGAAGCGAUUUGAAUCGGUGCACGACCUGGUCACAGACGGCCUCAUCACCCUCUACGUCGAGACCAAGGCGGCUGAAUACAUUGCCAAAAUGACCACCAACCCCAUCUACCAGCACCUGGGCUACACAUCACUGCUGCGUGACAAACUCAACCCCGGACUCAGUCGGCAACGCUCCGAGCCCAGGAGGGUCACCUUCCGACCCAGCGACAAGAUCUCCACAUCUCCACUGGGAAGACGCAGCGCACUGAAGGACGGGUCCGAGAAGCACUGCAGCUACCACAAGGUCCAUAACUUCAAGGUCCACACGUUCAGAGGGCCCCACUGGUGUGAAUACUGCGCCAACUUCAUGUGGGGCCUCAUUGCCCAGGGUGUACGCUGCUCAGACUGUGGACUGAACGUGCACAAGCAGUGCGCCAAGCUGGUGCCCAGCGACUGCCAGCCAGACCUGCGGCGGAUCAAGAAGGUGUUCAGCUGUGACCUCACCACGCUGGUCAAGGCCCACAACACGCUGCGGCCCAUGGUCCUGGACAUGUGCAUCAGUGAGAUAGAGCACCGAGGGCUGACAUCCGAGGGCCUGUACAGGGUGUCUGGCUUCACAGAACACAUAGAGGACGUGAGGCUGGCCUUCGACAGAGAUGGGGAGAAGACAGAUAUCAGUGCCAAUGCCUACCCAGACAUCAACACUAUUACUGGAGCCCUGAAACUCUAUCUGCGGGAUCUGCCUAUUCCAGUCAUCACCUAUGAUGUCUACUCAAAAUUCAUACUGGCAGCCAAAAUGACCGACCCUGACUCCAGGCUGGAAGCUAUCCAUGAUGGCCUGCUGCAGCUGCCCCCUGCUCACUACGAGACACUGCGCUAUCUGGUUUCCCACCUGAAGAGGGUCACCAUGUUUGAGAAAGACAACCUCAUGAACGCGGAAAACCUGGGAAUCGUCUUUGGGCCGACUCUGAUGCAGCCUCCGGACCAGGACACUCUCGCCAGCCUCAGCUGCAUGCGGCUCCAGAAGCUCAUCGUUCAGCUGCUGAUCGAGCACGAGGACAUCCUGUUUUAAUCUCACAAACUGUAAAGACUUUUUUGAAAUAACAGUACUGCUGAUGGCCUGCAGGGGCAGUUUGCGACAUGUUUGGUGACCAGUGGUAGCCAUUAAACUGGAAGAACCUCUUUUUGAGAGCUUUAUAUGGUGGCAUAUAACACAGAGGCAUUACAUGCAUUCAUUGGCUAAUAAAUGGGUUAUAAUUCCCCAGUGAUGUUUUAAUAUCACCACACAUAGAGCACUACUGUGAGCCUGGUUUUGAAAUUUUACGAGUUACUUCUCUAUCUUGAAUAAAUAAGAAUAUGUUCUUGGAUUUCUCUUUUUUAUGCAUUCCUAUUUAUUCUUAAUGUCUCAUGCAGAGCAAUCCAUGAGAUGAAUAAUGAAAAAAAAAUUUUUUUAAUUGUUUGUAUAGUAGAAAUUAUAAAGUGUCGUUUUCCCCAGAACCUAAACAAUGUAAAUUACACCGUUGUACAUGAUUAAUGGUUUUAUGGUUAGUGUGUUGCACUGACAAUGAUUUAAGGGUUCAGUAUGAUUAAAAAGUUAUUCCUUUGUACCAUGGGUAUGUACAGAAUAUGUUCACCUUUGUAAUGUGUUCUACAGUAACAACCAGUAUGAGGCACUUUUUGUCUUUUUUGCAAAGAGUGUAAAUAUUUUUGAUCCGUGGUUUUUGUGCCGUGUUCAUAAAUUUACAUACAACCUCAACGUAAUUCCCAAUUUUAAACAUAAUCCCGGAAAUCAUUUAAAAAACGUUUCCUAGCACAUCAUGUCUUCCUACGGAGGUGCUGAUGAAGAGAGUUCUGACCGUCUGUGACCGCGCCAUAGUGGUUCUGACUGGGUCCAAGCCGCUGGAUGAUGUCACGCCCCCAUAUUCAGGCCUUUUAUGAAAGAAAUGAUCAUAUCCAGUCCUGUUACUUUCCAAUAUGCCUACUGUCUGUUGAAGUUGUUGAUGUGACAUGAGACCUUGCUACAAAUUUGUUUUAUUAAAGAUAUUUUCUGUGACGAAUGUAAUUUAUCAAACUCUGAUGUAUUAAAUUAUGUAA